UCUCACUCGUCUCCGCCUCUCGAAUCUCUCUCUCAUCUCCAUAUCUCUCGAUCUCCGACGAAAACCCAUCUCCAGAACUCUCUCUCUCUCUCUCGAUCUUUUACGCGAGCUCUCUCUAUUCUCCGAGAAAAACCAUUUCUAGAGCUCUAUCUCUUUAAGGAUAGAAACAAGAUGGGAGAUCCAUUACCAUUAAGACUAGCACUGCCUGAGCUGAGGUAUCCGAUUGGAUCAGAGCCAGAGAAGACGAUAUCGAUAAACCAACACUCGAUAGUUGCUUAUAUCAAAAUUGUUAAGGAAAUUCUAGGAAAUGAUGAGUUCAACAGAAUAAGAGGGACGUUUUUGGGACCGGUGAUCAAGCUUGGAGAGAGGUCUUUGAAAUUAUCAGCUAAGAUAGUGCACGCAGUUCUCACCAAAAGCAUCAAGACAGUGAAGAGACACAAAGCAUGGUUCCAUUUUGGUGCUCAGCCAAUGAGGUUCUCUAUAAGAGAAUUCCACAUGGUGACUGGUUUGAAAUGUAGUGGUGAAGCAAGAGAACCACGAGAGGAAACCGAGAAAUUUAAGUGGGACUUCCUAAAAGGGCGUACUCAUACAGUAAAGGACGUGGAGAAGCAGCUCAGAAACACAAGAGAAGAUGCUUCUGAUGAGAGAUUCUGCCUUGCAAUGCUCCUCCUGAUUGAGAGCAUACUACUACAGAAGAGCCUUCUCGACGGUGGCACAACUUUUACUUUGGAUUAUGUGAAAAUAGCGCAGGAUAUGGAUGUCUUGAUGACAUACCCAUGGGGGAGAACAGCUUAUAAUUUGCUGUUAAAAUCACUUCAGAGAGCUGUCGACAAAAGCCUCGACAAAAACAAUUAUGAUUUGCAAGGAUUCCCUAUGGCAUUUCUUAUAUGGAUACUUGAGUCAGUACCUUUGCUACAGUAUGCAUUCAGUCAAGUUGUUCCUAUUCUGAGCGUUCAACCGUCUACCCCAAUAUUUUUGUGUGAGAAGUACCUUCAAAUAGCUUCUCCACAGCUGAUAGAUGUUCUCCUAAUUGAAAUCAAAGAUCAUGUAAGUUUUUACAUUAUUUUUUUCUUGUUUCUGUUUUGCCUUAUGAUUCUCCAUUUAAAAGCUAAUUAUUUUUAUGGUUUCAGCUUAAGGUCACAUGCAUCCUACCUCCUAUUUCUAAUGAUCCAGAAGCUGAUGUUUGCAUGGAAGACGAAGCUAAUAAAGAUCUGGAUGACAUGGCCGAUUUAUCCAAGAGAGGUUAUAAGUUUAAAAUUAGAGAUUGGCGAAACAUGUCAGUAGACCUAUACGGUGCUAAUGAACAAAUAAGAAGAGCAUCUUCACUGUUUGGGAAUGGAGGGAUGAGUCAAGCUUCUUCUUCGUAUCAGGAGGAGUCUUUGGAAUCAAAGAUCAACAGAAUCAGCGAGAUGGUGGGAGAUAAUUUAAGGAUCAUGAACGAUCGUUUGUGUUUGAUUGAAAAAGACAGGAAACAGAUUAAAGAACGUGUGACAAAACUAGAGAAACUACAAAAAGUUACUUCAUAUGAAACUCCAAACAAUGAGGUAACUUUUUUUCGGAAAUUAAAAUUAAUGUUUAUCUAGUUCUUGAUUCAGUUUUUUUUUUUUGAGUUGUCAAGUAAUUUU